AUGAAACUGUUCCUGGUCGCUCUGUGCUGCCUGACGGCCCUCGCGCUAGCCGAGGAGCCCCUCCGGUUCUACCACGAGAAUGUUGGCAUCCGUGAGGCCGAGCUCAUCAGGCAGACGGAGCAGGCCCUCGACUUCGACGGUGCCAGGAUCGUGGGGGGUACACAGGCUGCGCUCGGGCAGUACCCAUACAUGGCCGGCCUGGUGGUCACUCUCACCAAUGGCGCAACCUCGGUGUGCGGUGCAUCCCUCUUGACCAACACCCGCCUGGUGACGGCCGCCCACUGCUGGUGGGACGGCCGCAACCAGGCGCGCCAGUUCACGGUCGUGCUGGCCUCCCUCCGCCUCUUCUCCGGCGGCACCAGGAUCAACACCAACAGCGUCGUCAUGCAUGGCUCGUGGAACCCCAGCAGCCUGAACAACGAUAUCGCCGUCAUCACUAUCAGCCGGGUCAACUUCUCCAACGUCAUUGGACCAAUCAACCUGGCUUCGGGCAACAACAAUUACGCGGGAACCUGGGCCAUGGCCGCCGGUUUCGGCAGAACUAGGGACUCGGCUGGCAUAAGCACCAGCCAGAUGCUCUACCACGUGAGCCUGCGGGUCAUCACGAACGCCGAGUGCCUAAACGUUUACGGGGACCCAUUCGUCAUAAGCUCCACGCUUUGCGUCAGUGGCGAAGGAGGCAGGAAUAUCUGUCGAGGAGACUCCGGUGGACCUCUUGCCGUCGGCACCACCCUCAUCGGUGUCGCAUCUUUCGUCUCUGGCCGUGGCUGUCAGAUUGGAUUGCCGUCCGGUUUCGCAAGAGUUACCUCCUACAACGCCUGGAUCUGGUCCCAACUGACC